AUGCAACAUCUCCAGCCACCGAUUCAUCCCCAAGUCCUUCGUCUAGCCAUCGCCAAGUUCUCCCAUACAACCACCGCCAUUGACCAUGUCGGUCCGCUGAACUGGACUCACGUCCAAGGAAAUGGAGACUUGACUUGCUGUUUUGAAAAGUUUCUUGAUUCCGGCUCUGUGCCAUCAAGGCUCAUUCUGAAUGUGCUUCGGGGCGAUGGCAUCCAGGAGCAACUUGAUCUUGUGUUUUUUCUCCGCAUGGAGUCAAUGCAGGCCCAGCUAGUCCCACCCCCAAAAUCACACUUUGCCGUCGUUGUGAAGUCACCUUGUCUUGCCGUCAAAUAUCCUCAUGGUGGAGCUUAUAUCCGUCGAUUCCAGAUCAAGUUCACGACAGAGCGUGACUACUUCGCAGCCUUAACUCUCCUUGGCGAAAUUAACUGUCCAUUAACGGAAGGCAAGAUACCAAUUCCAGCAAACCGACGCUUCCCUUCGGUAUCAUCAUGGACCUCAGGGAAUCUUUCCUCCAUUAUUCCUAUGACCACAAAUACCAUGGCAACGUCAACUGGCAGCAAUGGAGCAUUUCAUCCCACUGGGGCGUUGGCGUCCGGAAGGACAACACCCAUGCGCCCAUCAUCGCCCGCAAGCACUAUCUCACACCCAGUUUCCAGGCUGGGUCCGCUGCCACUUCUUAACCAUCCAGCGCAAAGCGUGGAACCAGCAGAUCUAAUGCGACCAAUACAAGCCCCUAUCCCUCUAGCACAACCAUCACACAAAGAAACGGAACCCCCAAGCUCUCAGCUCUCUGCUACAUCUGCAACCCAUGACGUCGACCAGUUAAACCAAAUGCUCCCCCCAAAGAGGGAUCUACCUUUCCCAAAACCAGCCGCAAAGAAACGGCGCAAUGUCAGCCCGACGAAAGCAUCACAAAAGCAAGCCAAGUUAGCUCCAUCCCCCAACUCCCAACUUGCUGAACAAACUAUAGAAUUAGAGCCAUGCCCACUUCUUCCAAUCCUUGACCUUAAUACUUGUGUUUUACUCGAACCCACUUCUCAAGUCUUAUCCCAACCAGACUCAUGCCCCGAGGCGAGCCAACCACUGUUGCUAUACGAGGAGCCACCGGGUUCCCAGAGCACAUUUCCAAUCAACCCAUCCGCUGACCAGGCUUUUCAAGCACCCGUCAUCCCAGCGCAAACACUUAAUAAUACAACCAACCCCAGCCCUGGCCAGGUCACUAAACCAAACAAUGAAGCUGCAGCUACGACAGAAGAUCAUCUCGCGCAGUAUCUAUCUUCUCCAACCGCAGAGCGCAUUGCCUUCCUCGAGAACUGGAUGAGCGAGUUGCUCGAGGAUGACAAGUUCUUGUCGCUAUGCCGGGAUGUGGAGGGAACAUGGAAGCGAUUUGUGCUAGGACAAAAGAAAUAA